AUGUCAUCAUCUACACCCCACGAUAGCCAGGAUUAUACCGUAGGAUUAGUUUGCGCUCUUCCUCUCGAAUUAGCAGCAGUAAAGGGAGUUCUAGACGCAAGCUACGGAAAACCAAAAAAACAAGAUCCAAGCGACAAAAACACAUACGAACUCGGACGAAUUGGAGAACACAAUGUGGUCAUUGCUUGUCUUCCAAAAGGCGUUUAUGGCACGACUUCCGCAGCCACAGUCGCAACCCGCAUGCUGUCAAGUUUCAAAUCUAUUAGAUUUGGAUUAAUGGUUGGCAUCGGAGGCGGCGUACCAAGUGAUGAUCACGAUAUUAGGCUUGGUGAUGUGGUCGUUAGUAGUCCUGGAAAGACCGCAGGAGGGGUUAUUCAGUAUGACUUUGGAAAAUCGACUGCGGGUGGUGGGUUUGAGCGUAUUGGCUCGCUGAAUAAACCACCUGAUGUUCUGUUGACGGCGAUUGCUGACUUGGAGGCCGAACAUGAAAUGACGGGAACAAUAAUUCCUCAAAUACUCGAGGAAAUGGUGGCGAAGUAUCCAAAGAUGAAGGAUGGAUAUUCACACCAAGGCCCAGAAAAUGACCGGUUAUUCCGGGCGGACUACAUCCAUGAUAGCGACGCCAGCGGUGGAUGCGAGUCUUGUGACUCUGACCGGGUUGAAAGAAGACCUGCUAGGAGUGAUAGAGACCCUAUCAUUCACUACGGCCUCAUAGCAUCCGGAAAUCAAGUUGUCAAAGACGGUGUUAAAAGAGAACAACUGAGAAAGGACCUCGAUGUCAUUUGUUUUGAGAUGGAAGCGGCGGGUCUUAUGGACAAUUUUCCUUGCCUUGUCAUACGUGGAAUCUGUGAUUACGCCGAUUCUCAUAAAAAUAAAGGGUGGCAGAGGUAUGCAGCGGCUGUAGCGGCAGCGUAUGCGAAAGAACUGCUGUCCAUUAUACCACAGGAGGAAGUGGUUAGUAUCAGGACCGCGCUGGAGACGACGAAUCAACUUGUUAAGGAAGCCUUUGAUCGGGUUGAUGAUACUAUUACUCGUAUUUCCGUCGAGUCAUCCCACAAGGAUAUCGCGGAUUGGCUCUUGCUGAAGGGUUAUGACUCUAAGUAUAAGAGCGCAAUAGAGAAGCAUAUAAAAGGCACUGGGAAAUGGUUUAUUGAUGAUGUCGAGGAUUGGCUUAAAGAUCCACAAAGCGAAUCUGUCUUUUGGUGCCGCGGAAUUCACAGAUCCGUCACCAUUCAACAUAUCCAAGACCAGGCGAAAACACAUGGAUUCGACGGCGUGGCGUAUGUGUAUUUCGACCAGAAGGACCAAGACAUGCAGACCACAAAAAUUGCUCUUGCCAGCAUUCUCGGCCAGCUAGCCUACCAGAUUCCUGGAUUCUGGCCUCCCCUUGAAAAACUAUUUCGCCAAUGUAGGAAUGGAAAAGAAACGCCGUUACUCGAUGCACUUCUGGAUAUCCUAAUUAGCAGCCCAGCAAAAGUGUUCCUAGUUUUUGAUGCUGUCGACGAAGCAUCCCCUGCCACUCAAAAGGAAUUCCUGCGAUACCUCUACGAUCUUUCUUGUGGCCCACGACGCUUAUUCUUUUCCUCGCGGCCAAAUAUUAGCGCUAGCUUCAUUCCUCGUGGAGUCUUCUGUAAGAAGAUUGAGGCUCAGAGGGCUGAUAUAGAGGCGUUUGUCAGGGUGAAAUUAAAGGAAUCGAGUUGGAUUCAAGAUAUUCUGUCAAAUGAAUCCGAUGAAUUCAAGGAGCGUAUCAUACAACAACUCGUCUCUCGAGCAAAUGGCAUGUUCCUGGUUGUAGAGUUCUUGGUAACUUUAUGCGAAGGCUCAACAUGUCCCGACGAUAUUUCACACCACGCCGAAACUAUGCCUAGCGACCCGAAUUGUGUCUAUGAUCGGACUUGGACUGUCAUAUAUGCACAGUCAAAAGAACGCGUCGUCUUGGCUAGUAAAGUGCUCUCCUGGGUGUGCCUUGCAAAACGAAACCUCUCUGUCCAAGAACUUAGGGAAGCAGUUGCGAUCGAGGUCGGCUCUCGAGAGUUGAACCGCGGCAGACUUUCCCCAGACUCAUUAUUGAUUGAUGUCUGCAAAGGCUUAAUCAUUCUCGACGAACACGAUCAAAUUAUUCGUCUAGCCCACGCUACAGUCCAAGACUUCCUUACCGAGAAAAUCGACUGUAAAGAGCAAUCUCUCAAGAUAACAUUAUCUUGUCUUACAUACCUCUCAUACGACCUCUUCGCCGGCCGUGAACGCCACAAGCAGCGGGCAAUACAAGAGUCUCUCCGAGAAAACAACUUUCUACGUUAUGCUGUCCCGUAUUUUCUCGACCACACCCGAGAAUUCAGGGAAGAAACCACCCUAGUACGCCCACUUAUGACGUUUGCACACCAUAACGGACUGCGCAGGUUUUUCUUCCAGACUUGCCAAAAGCUCGGUGUCUUUUGGGGUUUAACAAGCUACUCGGAUUUCGAAAUAGACAACCCCUUGAGUUUCAUCACUCUAACAAACAAUAGGGGUGCAGCCAACGACAUCGUCCGUCACAUCUCUCUAGAUGAACUCAAUGAUAUGGGUGAAAAGGGCCAGUUCCCCUUAUUUCUAGCCUCAAAAUACGGGAACGAAGAUAUCGUUUCCCAAUUGUUGGAUAAAGGCGCAGAUGUCGAAGACGAAGGCGAUGAUGGAAGUACAGCCUUGCACUAUGCAACCGGACACGAACCCACUAUGAGGGUACUCAUUCGAAAAGGUGCCGAUGUCGACAAACCAGAUCACGCUGGAUUUACGGCUUUGUCAUAUGCUGCAAAACUAGGCGCAGAGGGUAUAGUCAAAUUACUGCUAUCCGAAGGCGCAGACGCAGAGUUUAAGGAUAACGACGGACAGACGCCACUAUCUUUAGCUGCAAAAGAAGGGUACGAAGUAGUAGCGAGGCACUUGCUUACUAACGGAGCUGAUAUAAACUCUAAAGAUGCUGUUGGGAGGACACCAUUAACAUGGGCUGCGUGUAAUGGUCAUAAAACAGUUGUCAAAGUUCUAGUGCUAGAACGUCUCGGUGUAGAGUUAAACGUCAAGGACUGGUAUGGACGUACACCACUAUCAUUGGCGGCAGAGAAUGGCCAUGAUAAAGUGGUUAAGUUCCUGCUAGCGAAUGGUGCGGACCCACAUGUGGGAGAUGUCGGUGGAAGAACACCACUAUGGUAUGCGGCAGGAGGUACCACGGUAUCAAAGCAAGAAAGCGACACAAGAUCUAGAGCCCAAACGAGGGUUCGAAUUAUUAAUCUACUACUUGAGCGGGGAGCUGAUAUCAAAGCAAAUACUGGAUCCGGGUUGGCGGCACUCCACCAGGCAGCGAAGGGUGGACAAGCAGCGGUAGUGAAACUCUUACUCGAGAAAGGCGAGUAUAUCAACCUAAAGGAUGAAAGAUAUGGCCGAACCCCACUUAUGUGGGCUGUAUCGGAUAAAAAGGGGAGGAAACUGGUGGAGCUAUUACUAGAGGAAGGCGCAGAUAUCAACUUACCGGACGACAAAUUUGGCCGAACAACGUUGAUGUGGGCAGUGGUUGAAAGGAACGUUGAAGCAGUGAAACUGCUAAUCGUUAUUGAAGGCAUCAAUCUCCUACCAUCCGACUUCUGGUCCCAAACGCCACUAUCACUGGCUGAAAACUUUGAGAGCGUUAAUCCUGAAGAUAUUUCAGCAAAUUCCGAAAUCAUUGAAAUACUGCUUGCAGCUUAUCAGCAGCGAGGCCAGGCUGUUCAGCGGAGAGAUCGAGACAAAAAUUCCGGAAUCCGGACGACGGCUGAUUCCAUACGGAUAAAAUGUGAAGCUUGCCAGUCGCCUAUAAGGCAACCCGCGAUAUACUAUCAUUGUGGCGUAUGCCAGUAUGGGAAGUUCGACAUAUGUGAUAGUUGCGUUGGGAAACAUAAUUCAUGUCUUGAUUCAACACAUAGCCUAUGUCGUCGUAAGCGUACGACUACAGGUAGUGAAUCGCUGGAUUGA